AUGCACCCACAUGGUGGCAUCGGGGCUGUUGCUGUGGUGCCCAUGCUGAGAGAAUGCAUGACGCCAUCUGCGAGUCGUCUGUGCUGGCCAUCUGCGGCGGGAAGAUGGAACAGGUGGCAACCGAUACGUCCGAUAUAUGUUGCGUUUCAGGCUGGGGGCGCUACCGCCUGCACCGCUCUGAGAUCAGAACUGCCCUUUGCCUCCUCGGUGCCACUACUGCGCUGUGUGGCCCUGGCGUGCAGCUGCAGCGUUCGGGCUGCACGUCGUCAGGUGGCCUUAGGCAGAGUGGCCAUCGACGGUUGCCGGGCUCAAGAUGAGAUGGAGUUGGUUGAGAAUGCUCGAGUUGUGACCGUUCUCAAGUCGAAGCGAGGCACACUUCAAGAGCUGGAGGCGCCUCCGCGCAAGGAGGUGUACAUCAAGUUAUACAAGCAACGUGGGGUCGUGUGCUCGCACAAACGGGAGUUACCAGAAGCACAGAUUGUUUCGGAUCUGUACCCAUUCGGUGCCGAAGACAGUCACUGCAUCGGUAGAUUGGAUUCUCGAAGUGAGGGGCUUCUGCUGGUCACUUCCGAUGGGUUUUUUACAAGGUCCGCGUCGAUGCCCGAAACGCACGUAGAGAAGGAGUACGUGGCGUUAGUCGGGGCCAUGGGAGCCCCUGGGUCCCUUAAGGAUUUUGAGGCACCGACGGAGGCGACCUUGAGGCAGUUGCGUGACGGCGUGGAUUUGGAGGAUGGGAAAGGUUUGGCUUCUGCUCUGGAGGCGGAAGUGUUGCAGUGCGAUGAGGCCUUGGGCCUUGCGAGGUUGAGAUUGGUGGUGGACUCUGGCCGCUAUCACCUUGUGCGGCGGAUGAUGGCUGCCUUGGGCCAUGGCCUGAGCUCAAGUUGCAUGUUCAAUCUGCAUGUUCACUGCACCUUCACGUUAUGUUCAAUGCCAUCGGGUGGCUCUGUUGCUAAUUGUCUGUUGCUAUCCUGUUCAGCCAAUUCCGGGAGGUUACAGCUGCAAACAGCUUAUCCGCACACGGCCGGGUUCUCGAGAGAGUUCUUGUAG